AGCUCUUAUUUUCUGACACAACGUGUAACAGUAAAAGUCAAAAACGCUUGAAAUGGUUAAAGAGUAUGACUACUGAGCAACAGUUCUCUAUUGUUGAGUGUACAAUCUGUAGUGUGUUUUAUAUAUUUUUUUUCUUCUCCAUUUAAAAAAAAAAAAGCAGGAUCUAGAGCGUUCUUUUUGAAGUAUUCUCGGUUUACUAUCUUCAUAAUAGUUUUCGAAUCGUCAUGGCUGAUCUCAUUGUUUCUCAUCUUCCUCGAGAAACUUCAGAUAACAAGCAAGCAAAGCAGCAACAACAGCCAAUUUCCUUAUUGUCAGCAAAAAGCAAAAUGAAACCUUCGGUUCUUAUAACUCAGAUUAAAGACAGAAUCCCAGUGCCUCGAAGAUCCAACUCGGCCUUCCAUCCAACGCAACAGCGAAACCAUACUAUACAACUACCCACACAGUCGAGAUCCUCAUCUUUGACAGACAAAAAGCUGCCGAUCCGAUCAAAAUCUUUGCCCCGCAAAAAACAGAAUAUCGCAGAAAACGAUGACAUGGCAACAGUAAAGGUACACUCUCAUGGUACAAAAAAUCAUACUAACGCAUUGUUUCCGCCACCAAACAAUUCAACGACAACUUGUGUAAAAUCGACGACUCAAUUGAAGAGUGCUUCAAGUGUUGCUACUGCUGCUCCUGCUGUCCUUCUUCAACCAGUUUUCGGUCAUAACAUAGUUGUACCACCUCAGCGAUCGUCUAGUUUACGAAGGAAUAGAAGCCAUACUCUUUCCAACACUAAUACUACCACUAUUACUACAUCCGCUGAUACAAAAAAGAUAAAGGCGAUAAAACCUCCCAUCCGGUCAAAGACUACUAAUAGCAGAAAGAUUACCGAUUUAGAAACGUUGAGCUUCUAUCAGGACGGUGAUCUAUUCUCCCCUUCUGUUAAACUGUGGGGGGUGGAAGAUAACAUUUUCGGGUCCAUGGAAAAUCUUAUACUACCAGCUAAAUCAUGCUCUGAGAGACGUUCAACGAUACUGAAAAUGAGAUCGAGCAGCAGUAGCAACCUUAGUAAGGGAAACAGUGGUACUGACAAUCAUCAAAAAUCAGCUGCUAAAACAGCAACAGUGGCAACAGAAGAAAAGGAAGCGACGGCUGAAAGUGUCGCAAGGUCUUUCUGGUAUCAUUACUCGCCACUAGCAAAUGAUGACAACGAUAGCAUUCAUCGUGAGAGCAAUGUUGAUAAAAAGAAUCAGGUUCGAGUUUCAGAAAUCCCUGAUACAGAGAUAGCAGGCUAUCUUGGUAAAAUGGAUACUUUUAGUCAUCAAGUUUUGCUAUGCUAUAUGGGUUUUUUCGAUUUCAGUAACUUGACGCUUGAUGAGGCAUUCAGGAAGUUGUGCGCAAAAUUGUACCUCAAGGCGGAAGCACAAGAGAUCGACAGGAUUUUAGAAGCAUUUUCGAAUAGAUAUUAUGAGACUCUCAAUUUAGACCAUCAAUCCAUACUCAGGAAUGCUGACAUUGUUUACACUACCACUUAUUCCAUGAUGUUACUUAAUACUGACUUACACCAUAUGUCGCAUCUCAGCCAUUGUCAUAAUGCUAUGACCUGUGAGGCAUUUGUUAAAAAUACUAUGUAUACCAUAUUGGAACAACAAGGCUUACUCCAGCAACAACAACUAUUGUCAUCAUCACCAUCACAAGAAUUAUCAUCCAUGAUACAGCAGCAGCGGCAACACGAAAAAGAAGAUCCUAAUCUUGCUUUUUGGAAAUGGAAAGAGCAGUUAGAGAAUUUUCUAAGGGAAAUCUUUUUUUCUAUCAAACAACAUGGUGUUAUGCUACCAUCAGCUUUCAAUAAUAGUAGCAUUCCAUCACCACCUUCAACUGCUGCUAGUGCAAUUCUUGACAAUGGAACGACCACAGCUGCAGAAGCAGCCAAGGUCUUUAUAAAGAGAAUGGGAUCAAUGUCAAGACGGAGGCGCGUAAUAAGAGAAAAAAGAUAGAAGAAAAGGAUCAUAUACAAUAGUAAACAAUAAAUCUGGAGUUCGAGUCAUUUGAAUAUUCAUAAAUACUCUGAGU